AUGGAGCUAACAGCUCAAUGCGCUUCACGCUUACUAUCAUGUACCCCUAAACUUCUCAACAAUCCUCUCGAAACUUCUCGACAAUUGGUAUUAAGUACCACUACUACUCUCCGAAACCAAAAGAGAAGCGAUCCUGGUCCUCCUCGAUCGAAGAUCGUGAAUGCGAGGAGAGAAAGUGGCGAUGGUGUUGGUAGUGGAGUCGAGGUCAACACUGCCAUGGCAGUGAAGGAGAAGCCAAAAUCGGAGCGGUUCGAGGUGUAUAGAGGUUCUCCGACGCCAUUUGGUGCCACCGCUCACGACGGCGGUGUCAAUUUCGCUAUCUUCUCCGCCAAUGCCAUCUCCGCCACUCUCUACUUGAUCUCUCUCUCCGAUUUACACGACAUCGAUAUGGAGAACACAAAAUCAUCCUUGAAAAAUGGUAAUGUUAUGUCUACUUCCUCUAGAGCGGGUGAUCUUAAUAAGCCAUUCCGCUUCUGUGGUGUUAACUUUAAGAGGUGGAGACAAAAGACUUUAUUUUAUCUUACUAUUUUGAAUGUGGCUUAUGUGUUAACUGAGAAAAAACCAAAGAAAAAGAAAUCUGAACAAUUGACUGAAGAAAAACUUUCUCAACAUGAAAAAGAUGUUAAGAAAUGGGAUAAGGAUCAUCUUUACUGUAGAAAUUAUUUACUUAAUUGUCUUUUUGAUGAUUUGUGUGAUUAUUAUGAUCAAGCUUACAAAUCAGCCAAAAAGAUAUGGAAGGCAUUAAAUCAAAAAUAUGAUACAGAAGAAGCUGGAUCCAAGAAAUAUGCAUGUAGCCGAUUUUUCAGGUUUCAGAUGGUUGAAGGCAAGUCCGUAGUGGAACAAUCCUAUGAAGUCCAAAUGAUUUCACAAGAUGUUCGAUCUAAAGGCAUUUGA